AUCCUGCCCCGGACUCCGUCUCCAGUUGCAAUUUGCAACUUCUGCUGCCGCCACCAAUUCGCUGGCGGCUCAGGUGGCUCCCGCUUCGAUGUCCUAGUCCAGGGGCCCCCGGGCCCGACUCGGCUGGGCGCCCCUCACUCUCCUCUGGAGUCAUGAGGGCCAACGCGGCUCUGCAGGUGCUAGGCUUCUUUCUUAGCCUGGCCCAGGGCUCAGAGGUGGGCAACUCGCAGGCAGUGUGUCCUGGGACCCUGAAUGGGCUGAGUGUGACUGGCGAUGCAGAGAACCAGUACCAGACCCUGCACAAGCUCUACGAGAGGUGUGAGGUGGUGAUGGGGAACCUCGAGAUCGUGCUCACAGGACACAAUGCUGACCUCUCCUUCCUGCAGUGGAUCCGAGAAGUGACGGGCUACGUCCUCGUGGCCAUGAAUGAGUUCUCUACACUGCCGCUGCCCAACCUCCGAGUGGUGCGGGGGACCCAGGUCUACGACGGGAAGUUUGCCGUUUUUGUCAUGUUGAACUAUAAUACCAACUCCAGCCAUGCUCUGCGCCAGCUCCGCCUCACUCAGCUCACUGAGAUUCUGUCUGGAGGUGUUUAUAUUGAGAAGAAUGAUAAACUUUGUCACAUGGACACAAUUGACUGGAGGGACAUUGUGAGGGACCCAGAUGCUGAGAUAGUCGUGAAGGACAAUGGCAGGAGCUGUGAGUGGCCACGACCAAGACUUCUCUCCCCGUCCCUACCAAACCUGAGUGACUCCUUUCCUGUCAUCUUUGUACCCCUGAGUUCUCAUCUGAACGAACUUCUUCUCUAUGGAACAAACACCUCAGGCCCUGGAUCUUGGGAGCCUACCAGGAGGGACCAGGCCAGACCCCAGAACCCAAACCACAGAGGUCCCUCCUGUCAUGAGGUCUGCAAGGGGCGAUGCUGGGGUCCCGGACCAGAACACUGCCAGAUAUUGACCAAGACCAUCUGUGCCCCUCAAUGUAAUGGUCACUGCUUUGGGCCCAACCCCAACCAGUGCUGCCACGAUGAGUGUGCAGGUGGCUGCUCAGGCCCUCAGGACACAGACUGCUUUGCCUGCCGACACUUCAAUGACAGUGGAGCCUGUGUACCCCGGUGUCCACAGCCUCUUGUCUACAACAAACUAACUUUCCAGCUGGAACCCAAUCCCCACACUAAGUAUCAAUAUGGAGGAGUCUGUGUAGCCAGCUGUCCCCAUAACUUUGUGGUGGAUCAAACUUCUUGUGUCAGGGCCUGUCCUCCAGACAAGAUGGAAGUAGAUAAAAAUGGGCUCAAGAUGUGUGAGCCUUGUGGGGGGCUGUGUCCUAAAGCCUGUGAGGGGACGGGCUCCGGGAGCCGCUUCCAGACUGUGGACUCCAGCAACAUCGAUGGAUUUGUGAACUGCACCAAGAUCCUGGGCAACCUGGACUUCCUUAUCACUGGCCUCAAUGGAGAUCCUUGGCACAAAAUCCCAGCUCUGGACCCUGAGAAGCUCAAUGUCUUCCGGACAGUACGGGAAAUCACAGGUUACCUGAAUAUCCAGUCGUGGCCUCCUCACAUGCACAACUUCAGUGUCUUUUCCAACCUGACCACCAUUGGGGGCAGAAGCCUCUACAACCGAGGCUUCUCAUUGUUGAUUAUGAAGAACUUGAAUGUAACAUCUCUGGGCCUCCGAUCCCUGAGGGAAAUCAGUGCUGGGCGUAUCUACAUAAGUGCCAAUCGGCAGCUCUGCUACCACCAUUCUCUGAACUGGACCAGACUGCUUCGGGGGCCUUCAGAAGAGAGACUAGACAUCAAGCAUAAUCGGCCCCGCAGAGAUUGCGUGGCAGAGGGCAAAGUGUGUGACCCACUGUGCGCCUCUGGGGGCUGCUGGGGCCCAGGCCCCGGUCAGUGCUUAUCCUGUCGAAACUACAGCCGAGGAGGUGUCUGUGUGACCCACUGCAACUUCCUGAAUGGGGAGCCUCGUGAGUUUGCCUUUGAGGCUGAAUGUUUCUCCUGCCACCCGGAAUGUCAACCCAUGGAGGGCACUGCCACAUGCAAUGGCUCGGGCUCUGAUGCUUGUACCCAGUGUGCCCAUUUUCGAGAUGGACCCCACUGUGUGAGCAGCUGCCCCCAUGGAGUCCUAGGGGCCAAGGGCCCCAUCUACAAAUACCCAGAUAAUCAGAAUGAAUGUUGGCCCUGCCAUGAGAACUGCACCCAGGGGUGUAAGGGACCAGAGCUACACGACUGUUUAGGCCAAACACUGGUACUGAUCAGCAAAACCCAUCUGGCGCUGGCUAUGGCAGUGGUAGUAGGAUUGGUUGUGAUUAUUCUGAUCCUGGGUGGCACUUUUCUCUACUGGCGUGGGCGCCAGAUUCAGAAUAAAAGGGCUAUGAGGCGCUACUUGGAACGGGGUGAGAGCAUAGAGCCUUUGGAUCCCAGUGAGAAGGCUAACAAGGUCUCGGCCAGAAUCUUUAAAGAGACAGAGCUGAGGAAACUCAAAGUGCUUGGAUCAGGCGUCUUUGGAACGGUGCACAAAGGUGUGUGGAUCCCUGAGGGUGAAUCAAUCAAGAUCCCAGUCUGCAUUAAAGUCAUUGAGGACAAGAGUGGACGGCAAAGUUUUCAAGCUGUGACUGAUCAUAUGCUGGCCAUCGGCAGCCUAGACCAUGCCCACAUUGUACGGCUGUUAGGACUGUGCCCAGGCUCAUCUCUGCAGCUUGUCACACAAUACUUGCCUUUGGGUUCCCUGCUGGAUCAUGUGAGGCAACAUCGGGGGGCACUGGGGCCACAGCUGCUGCUCAACUGGGGAGUACAAAUUGCUAAGGGUAUGUACUACCUUGAGGAGCACGGCAUGGUGCAUAGGAAUCUGGCCGCCCGAAAUGUGCUACUCAAGUCACCCAGUCAGGUUCAGGUGGCCGAUUUUGGGGUGGCCGACCUCCUGCCCCCUGAUGAUAAGCAGCUACUGCACAGUGAGGCCAAGACUCCAAUUAAGUGGAUGGCCCUCGAGAGUAUCCACUUUGGGAAAUAUACACACCAGAGUGACGUCUGGAGCUAUGGUGUGACAGUUUGGGAGCUGAUGACCUUUGGGGCAGAGCCCUAUGCAGGAUUGAGAUUGGCUGAAGUACCAGACCUCCUGGAGAAAGGGGAGCGAUUGGCACAGCCCCAGAUCUGCACCAUUGAUGUCUACAUGGUCAUGGUCAAAUGUUGGAUGAUUGAUGAGAACAUUCGCCCUACCUUCAAAGAACUAGCCAAUGAGUUCACUAGGAUGGCCCGAGACCCACCUCGGUAUCUGGUCAUAAAGAGAGAGAGUGGGCCUGGAAUCCCCCCUGGAGCAGAGCCUCCUGCUCUGACAAACAAAGAACUGGAGGAAGUAGAACUGGAGCCAGAACUAGACCUAGACCUGGACUUGGAGGCAGAGGAGGACAACCUGGCAACCACACUGGGCUCUGCCCUCAGCUUGCCAGUUGGAACACUUAAUCGGCCACGUGGGAACCAGAGCCUUCUAAGUCCAUCAUCUGGAUACAUGCCCAUGAACCAGGGUAAUCUCGGGGAGACUUGCCAGGAGUCUGUUUGUGGGGGUGGUGAACGGUGUCCCCGCCCAGCCUCCCUGCACCCAAUGCCACGGGGACGCCUGGCAUCAGAGUCAUCAGAGGGUCCUAUGACAGUCUCUGAGGUCGAGUUCCAGGAGAAGGUGUUGAUGAGUAGAAGCCGGAGUCGGAGCCGAAGCCCACGGCCACGUGGGGACAGUGCCUAUCACUCCCAGCGUCAUAGCUUGCUUACUCCCGUUACCCCACUCUCCCCACCAGGAUUAGAGGAAGAGGAUGUGAAUGGUUAUGUCAUGCCAGAUACACACCUCAAAGGUACCUCCUCUUCCCGGGAAGGCACCCUUUCUUCAGUGGGUCUCAGUUCUGUCCUGGGUACAGAAGAAGACGAAGAAGAUGAGGAGUAUGAAUACAUGAACCGGAGAAGAAGGCGCAGUCCACCUCGUCCCCCUAGGCCAAGUUCCCUCGAGGAGCUGGGUUAUGAGUACAUGGAUGUGGGAUCAGACCUCAGUGCUUCCCUGGGCAGCACACAGAGUUGCCCACUCCACCCUGUACCCAUCAUGCCUACCACUGGCACAUCUCCAGAUGAGGACUAUGAAUAUAUGAAUCGGCGACGUGGUGGAGGAGGUCCUGGGGGGGAUUAUGCAGCUAUGGGGGCCUGCCCGGCAGCUGAACAAGGGUAUGAAGAAAUGAGAGCUUUUCAGGGGCAUGGACACCAUGCCCCCCAUGUCCAUUAUGCCCGCGUCAAAACUCUCCGGAGCUUAGAAGCCACUGACUCUGCCUUUGAUAACCCCGAUUACUGGCAUAGUAGGCUUUUCCCCAAGGCCAAUGCCCAGGAAACAUAACUCCUGCUCCCUGAGACAUUCAGGAAGUAUUUGAUGGCAGCUAGUGCCUCUAGAGGGUACCCUUCUCCCUACUCCCUCUCCUUCACAGAUUUUGCUCCAUUUCCCCAGUCCUAGACAAUUCCAGUCAACCUUUGGAGGCUUUUAAACACUGACACUGGUGUGUAACCAGCUCUGCACUUUCUUCUCCUUCACCAUCUCCAGGAAAGGAGAAGGUUUUCCCUCUUUUGUGUGCUUUCCCAGCCCCACUCCUCAGCUCCCUCAGGGGGACUCCCUGGAGAUAUGAAGGAUUACUCCCCGUGUCCCUUUCUCUCAGGCUCUGACUUGUUGGGAGUAGGCCCUUAAGUGUGCCUUUGUUUCCCAUUAGACUGUCCUAAGGAAGAGAAAAUGUGGUGGUGGUGGUGGGGGGACCUAGCAGGGGAAAAUACAUUUUUUGGUCUAGGACUUUUAGCUUCCCGGAAAGACAGGGAAGCUUAAAAUUUUGUGGCGUAAAGAAAGAGGUUUGGAGUAGAUAUUAACGAUUACUACUAAUUAAGCAUUUACUGAGUGCCAGGCAUCAUGCUAAACUUUAACUACAUUAGCUCACUUAAUACUUAUAUCAGUUCUGUGAGGUAUGCAUUAUGCCCAAUUUACAAAUGGGAAAACUGAGCCUUAACGAGAUUUAAGUAAAUUAAGAGGCAGAUCCAGGAUUCAAAUCUUCCUAAUUCCAAUGCAUGUGCUCUUUACUGUAAGGUGUCAAGGAAAACACAAGUCAGUCAGAAGGCACUGUUCUUUUACUUUUGCACUGAACCAGGUCUAACCCCAACAAGCAUAGCCUCUUCCCAUGCCCAGACUCCUCAUCUCAGGAAGUAGAGGAGGGGGCCAGAAGGAAAAAUAACUGCACAUCUUUCUGUAAACCAUAGUCCACAUGUGUUAUAAAUGAUCUCUACUCCUUAUCCAAUGACAGAUUCACAAGGGUCCGUUUUUAGGAAAUAAUCUCAUCCAGUAGUGAGAUACCUCUAGUUGGGAUAGAAGACCCAGCUCCGGACCUCUGUCCCCUGGGAUGGGAACCAGGAAGAAAAUGUUGUAUCGUUUAUUUUGUUUUGUUUUUAUACAUGUCUGAAUAAAAAUGCCAAAGUUUUUUUCA